AACAUCCAAAUUCAUAGUCGGCAGCCACAGUAGUUCACUAUUCAAAGUUCAACCGUCCUUCGGUGACCGUGAAUUCAUUUGACUUUUGUAAAAAAAACAAGAAUGCAAACCAAUUUGACUCCAUUACAAGUUCGGUGAUCCAAAAAAAUGGAUUCACCAACCAAACAAAUGCUAAUUUUGAAUCAUUACUUUGGGGAACGAAGAAUCGGGAAUGUUACAGAGAAAUGAGGCCACGUUAGGCGGCGGCCAAACAAGAGCGUAGGUGAACUAGCUAUUCAUGGACUCAAGGGGCCAUUCUAAUGGGGGAGAACUCGAAGCAAAACAGAUGGACAUUAGAAGACUUUCGUCUUCACGCAGCAAUACUCAAUGCAUCCAUAAGGUGGGGGUUCCACCGAAGCAAAAUUUCUUCAAGGAAUUUAAAACCAGGUUGAAAGAGACUUUCUUUGCAGAUGAUCCUCUGCGAACCUUCAAGGACCAAUCGAAGUCCCGAAAGCUAGUCCUGGGAAUUCAGGCUAUCUUCCCUAUAUUUGAAUGGGGGAGGAAUUACAAUCUAACUAAAUUUAGAGGAGAUAUAGUUGCUGGACUCACUAUUGCAAGUCUGUGUAUUCCACAGGAUAUAGGCUAUGCAAAACUUGCUAAUUUGACUCCCCAGUAUGGAUUAUAUUCCAGCUUUGUACCACCACUAGUUUAUGCUUUGAUGGGUAGCUCAAGAGACAUAGCGAUUGGACCAGUGGCCGUUGUUUCUCUCUUGCUGGGAACACUGCUUCAAAAGGAGAUUGAUUACCAUACACAUCCAGAAGAGUAUCUGCGGCUUGCAUUUACAGCUACCUUUUUUGCUGGGAUCACCCAAGCCACUCUAGGGAUACUAAGGUUGGGUUUUCUGAUUGACUUUCUAUCUCAUGCUGCCAUUGUGGGUUUUAUGGGUGGAGCUGCCAUCACUAUUGCCCUUCAGCAACUUAAAGGCUUUCUUGGUAUUCAAAAAUUUACAAAGAAAACAGACAUUAUCUCUGUAAUGCGCUCAGUAUUUGAGGCAGCGCAUCAUGGAGUAAGCCUCCUUGCCCCUCAAACCCCACAUGUCUAUGGUGUUUAUUUGCACACAAAUGGACCACUGAUGCAUAACAAACUAAAUCUCAUGCAUCGUAACUUCUUUUAUGACCUUUUGCAGUGGAACUGGCAGACAAUAGUCAUUGGAGUAUCUUUUCUAAGUUUUCUACUGUUUGCCAAGUAUAUUGGAAAGAAGAAUAAGAACCUCUUUUGGGUGCCUGCAAUUGCUCCAUUAAUAUCAGUUAUUCUGUCCACCUUCUUUGUUUACAUAACCCAUGCAGACCAGAAAGGUGUCGCAAUCGUGAAACACAUAGAGAAAGGAAUCAACCCCUUAUCCGUGAAGCAAAUCUACUUCACAGGUGACAACCUCCUUAAAGGAUUCAGGACUGGCACGGUGGCUGGUAUGAUAGCACUAACGGAAGCCAUAGCAAUUGGAAGAACAUUUCCUACCAUGAAGGAUUACCAGCUUGAUGGUAACAAAGAAAUGGUGGCACUAGGAACAAUGAAUGUUAUUGGUUCAAUGACUUCCUGCUAUGUAGCAACAGGCUCGUUUUCUCGCUCAGCUGUGAAUUACAUGUCUGGCUGUCAAACUGCAGUCUCAAACAUCGUUAUGUCCUGUGUUGUAUUUCUAACUUUAGAAUUCAUGACUCCCCUAUUCAAAUACACUCCAAAUGCUAUUCUAGCUGUCAUCAUUAUCUCUGCUGUGAUCAACUUGAUAGACAUUCAAGCAGCAAUUUUGCUAUGGAAGAUUGAUAAAUUUGAUUUUGUUGCUUGUUUGGGAGCCUUCUUCGGUGUGAUAUUUGCAAGUGUUGAGAUCGGCCUCCUAAUUGCUGUCUCUAUAUCAUUUGCUAAGAUACUCUUACAAGUAACCAGGCCACGGGUCUCUGUUCUCGGAAAAAUCCCUAGGACUACGGUAUAUAGGAACACUCAACAGUAUCCAGAAGCAACGAGGGUUUCAGGCAUUCUCAUCGUGAGAGUCGAUUCUGCAAUUUACUUCUCUAAUUCCAAUUACAUCAGAGAGAGGAUAUUGAGAUGCUUGGCAGAUGAGGAAGAACAAACAAAGAAGGCCUAUUCACCAAAAACUCAGUUUUUGAUCGUUGAGAUGUCUCCUGUUACCGACAUUGAUACUAGUGGAAUUCAUGCCUUGGAAGAGCUAUACAAGAAUCUCCGGAAAAGAGACAUUCAGCUUGUUUUGGCAAACCCGGGGCCAGUAGUGAUUGACAAACUCCACGCAUCUGAUGUUGCUAAUCUAAUUGGGGAGGACCAUAUCUUUCUAACAGUUGCUGAAGCUGUAUCAUCUUGCUCCCCAAAAUUGGUGGAAGAGGCCUAGUCCAAGAGUUGAAUUCCAGAACUUCCAGUGGAGUUGAGAAUGGAGAAAAAAAUCACUCAGCGACAAAACAGAAGUUUUUAUAGAUACCUGAGGAUGAUCAUUCAGUAGAUACACUAGGCUGCAGGGUUAAAAGGAAAAAUGAAAAAAGAGGAAAUGCAUAACUAUGCGUGAAAAAGCUAAAAGUAAAAAGGAAAAAUGAACAAAGAGGAAACGCAUAACUAUGCGUGAAAAGGCUAAAAGUAAAAGGUGAUGGGUUUUUUUUUGUACCACAGAAAUUUUCUAAUGCCAUUAUUCUGUAUAGAUCUAUACUUAGUGAAGAAGCCUGCUCUUCUGUUCAAUUUCACCCAGAAGUUUCUUUUC